CGCUGAUUGGUGCUCCGCAGCGCGAGACCGGAAGAGACAAAACAUUAAAUAUCAAAACAUUCAGGUAACCUGCACGUGAGACGCGCGAGGGAAUGAAGACAUGUCUGUCUCUCUGUCAGCAGAGAGAGAACGGAUCCAGCGACAGGUGGAUCAGCUGGAACAGAGUCUGUCUGCAACACCCGGUGACCUGGAUCUGCUGAGCAGUGAGACAGAUGAGGACUCAGACGGGGACACUGAGGACGAGGUGAGACAGGAUGGAGCCGGUCUGCUGGCUCAGAGAGACCAGAUCCAGGCUGAGAUCCAGAACCUGGAGCACUACCUGGGUCCACACAGUCCUGUCUGUGUGUCAGAUGAUGACAUCAGCAGCAGUGAUGAGAGCGAUCUGGGUCUGUCCCUGUCGGUGGACUCGUGUCUUCAGAUGAACCUGGUCUAUCAGCAGGUCGUUCAGGAGACGCUCAACCAGCUGGAGACGCUGCUGACUAACAACCACAGACAGCAGAAGGAGCUCCUGUCUCAGUUGUCUGGACCAAUCAAAGAAUCUUCUAAUGAACAGCCCGCCUCCACCUCCUACCAGCAGCCAAUCAGCAUGUACCUGGGUCGCUUCCUCAAACCGUACUUCAAGGACAAGCUGACGGGACUGGGUCCUCCACCCAAUCAGGAGACCAAGGAGAAGGCGAGCAGGAUGACGGGCUGCUUGGACGACAAGAGCGUGAAAGUUAAACGAUGGGAGAGCUGGCAGAAGAACCUGCUGAUCCACGCAGUGACCAGAGACCGUCUGAGGAGGCUCAUCCAGCCCAAACUCUCCAAGUUGGACUAUAUGACUCAGAAGCUGAAGACAGCAAAUCAGACAGACGGGCAGCAGCUCAGAGAUCAGAUAGACAGUCUGGAGAGAGACAUCGAGCUGCUCAGAGUGAAGAAGGACGAUGAGCUGAUUGGUGGUCGACAUGAAGAUCACGACUGGCAGAAAAUCUCUAAUAUUGACUUUGAAGGAACGAGGGAUGGGGAGGACAUUCGUUGUUUCUGGCAGAACUUUUUACAUCCUUCAGUGAAUAAGAGUCGAUGGAAUCAGGAGGAGGUGAAUCAGCUGAAGGAGAUCAGCAGGAGACACAAGGAGACGCACUGGGAGAACAUCGCCCAGCAGCUGGGGACUGGGAGGACAGCCUUCAUGUGUCUCCAGACCUUCCAGCGGUCCGUCUCCACCUCGUUGAAACGCAGUAGUUGGAACGCGACUGAGGACGAUCAGCUCAGAGAGCUGGUGGACAAGAUGAGGAUCGGAAACUUCAUUCCCUACACACAGAUGAGUUACUUCAUGAAGGGUCGUGACCCUGCACAGCUGAUCUACAGGUGGAACCAGGUUUUGGAUCCAAGCCUGAAGAAAGGACCAUGGACUAAAGAUGAGGAUAAGCUAUUGCUGCAGGCCGUCCAUCGUCAUGGGGAGAAGAACUGGUGGAAGAUCAAGAUGGAGGUUCCUGGACGCACUGACGGCGCCUGCAGAGACAGAUAUCUUGACAGUUUGAAGGUGGGAACAAAGAGGGGAGGCUUUGACGAACAUGAGCGACAGUUGUUGGUGCAGCUGGUGGAGAAACAUGGCGUUGGCCGCUGGGCAAAGAUCGCAGCUGAGAUUCCAAACCGAUUUGAUGCUCAGUGUCUGAGAGAAUGGAGGAAGCUGUCGAAACCACCUGCUCAGAAAAAACCCAGAGCUAAACGUUCAGAGAGUAAAGAAGGGACGAAGAAGAAGGCCAAGAGGAACAUCAAGAAGCGACUGAUGAAAAUCAAGGAGGAGGACAGCAGUGAGGAGGAGGAGUUCAUGUUGGAGUACUUGGACAGUGAUGACGAGAAAAAGAGGAAGAAGAAGAUGAAAACGGAGGUGGUGGAAGUGGAGAGGACUGAGGUGGUGGAAGUGGAGAGUACUGAGGAGGUGGAGAGGACUGAGGAGGUGGAGACGAUCGAGGAGGUGGAAAAGGAGGAAAAGCAGUACACUUUCCCCCCUAUGCAGGAUUGGAUUUCAGCAGAAAAAGCUCAAUGUUUGUCCUUCCUGAGCUUUCAGCCAGUGAUCCUGCAGUCCUCCAGUGGCGACCGCUCUGGGGAACCUGUCAGGUCAACCAUUCUGGGCCAGUUCGGAUGCUCCGUGAUCAUCGGUCCAAAGCCUCGAGUGCUGCAGUGGGAGGAGCGCCACGACAGCAGCACCAUGAUGAUGGUGUCAUCUAACCAGCUGCGAACCUACCUGUGCAACCGGGCCAACGGGUUUAAAAAGUCACAGUCGGGGAAAUGUAACCAGCCGGGCCGGGUGACCGACGCAGUGCUGCAAUGCCAGCUGCAGGCUGCCGUGACGCCGUGGAUCGGCAACCUGCUGAUUCCAGCGAAAGCCCGACUGACUGUAGCCGAUGCCCUGAGAGAGCGCGGGGAGAAGGUCCGGCUCACCUCCACAGUCUUCUUUGAGGUCUUCCUGCAGACCCUGAACGUGGACACUGUGGGCUGCAAGGAGAUGAUAGAGCAGAGGAGGAGCAAGGUGGUGCUGCUGACCCCGUCCCCUCGCCUGCCUCCCGGCCGCUUGAAAGAUCCAAAGAAAGUCUCAGGAAUGCUGCAGCAGAAGAGGAUGAGGGAGAUGCAGCAGGACCUGGACCUGAAGCACAAACCGGUCUUGGAGCAUCUGCAGCUGGUGCAGCAGAAGCAGGUUCAAUCGCAGAAGCAGCUCUUACUGCUGCAGCCGCCUCCUCCUCGGCUCCUAUGUACACCUCCUCAGAAUCUUCCUGGUUUUCGCCCUCAGAUGCCUCCCACCACACAUCCUCAGAUGGUUCCUCUGCCGGUUCUUCGUACCGUCUUCCUGCCUCGUCCUGGUGGCGCCUCCAUCCGGCCUGUCCCCACCACCUCCCUGGCCACGCCCCCUUCUGCUCCACACACACUUCCUCCGGGGGGGGUUGUCCCCUCUCCGUCACCUGCUGCCCCUCCUGUCUCUGUUGCCCCGAUGCUCCCGAAUGCCACAUCCACCACCUCCCUCCAAGAGGCCGGACCCUCGACUCAAACCCUAACAACAGACCCGCCCACUUCGUCUAAUCAGCCUGUUUCUUUUGGCUCUUCAGUAACCAAUCAGCUUGCUGUUCCCUCCUCCCUGACCAACCCCCAUCCUCCCACGAUAACUGAAGUUACUUCUCUUGCACCUCCUUCAGAACCUACAGCUCCAACAUCCCAAAACCUCAGUUUAGUCCCAACCAAUCAGCAUGCUCCAUCCUCCACAUCAAUCCUACCUACUCCUGUCCCUUGUGACCAUGACUACACCCUCCUUAAACCCAGCUCCGCCCCCAUCAAGCCUCUCAAAGCCUCGCCCAGAGGGAGGAAACCAGGGAGGAAACGGAGGAGGCGGGGGGAGCAGAGUGGGACCGGUGACAGCGAGGACGGAGCUUCUGCUGCUGUGAUCCAGAGCAAAAAGAGAGUUAGGAAGGGGAGUCAAAAAGCCAAAGAUCUGCAGGAAGCUACUGACGCCACGGUAACACCUCCUCCUGUUGACUCCGCCCCCGCCCCACCUCUCAAAGCUUCGCCCAGAAGGAGGCGGGGGGAGCAGAGCGGGACCGGUGACAGCGGUGACGGAGCUUCUGCUGGUGUGAUCCAGAACGGGAAGAGAGUUCGGAAGCCAAGUCAGAAAGCCCUCGAUCAGCAGGAAGCUACUAAAGCCAAGACUGAAGCCAAGAAGAGAUCUCCUGCUUCUCCUGGUAACAGGCCGGUGCCUCAGCUCUCUGGCUUGACUUUCCUUCCGGGUCAGCCCAUGUGGGUGAUGAUUGCGGGGGGGCUUGUCCAGGUGACGUUGCUCCCAAAAGACCCCCACCCGCCCCCACCUGGGAGUGUUUCAUCCCUUCAGUCAGUCCCAGUCAGUCCUGCCCCCCCUUUGCCCCCCCCUAAACUCUUCCUGCCUUAUAGAGGAGGUAUCAGAGCCGACCCGGCGGCGCCCCCUCCCCUCAGGAGGGAGGCGCUGCAGUUCAACCCCUCCCUCAUGUUCCAGGAGCCCCGAGCAGAGGUGUGUGAUUGGCUGAGCGGGCGGGGGGGGGUGCUGGUACCUGGACUGGGCGUGUCCCUGCCGUACCUGCCUCCUUUCAUCAGCAGUCUGAACACACUCAGCGAGCUGCUGCGAGCUCAGAAGUCUCUGACCAAGUCGUCUCUGCAGCUGCUGAACCGCUACGCCGAACCCAGAAAGCCCACCGCACCUGCAGCCAGGAACACCUGCAGCCCCACCGCACCUGCAGCCAGGAACACCUGCAGCCCCACCGCACCUGCAGCCAGGAACACCUGCAGCACCCCCCCACCCCCACACCUGCCUGACUCCACCACUGACCCCACACCAGCCGGGGACAGACCAGACCCCCCUCCAGAGGAAGAGGCGGAGCUUGUGGUGGCGGUACGUCAGCUGGUGACGGAGCGUUUCGCAGGAAACGCCGCCUAUAAAAUGCUGAAGGCUCGCUUCCUGUCGUGCUUCACUGUCCCCGCCCUCCUCGCCACCGUGCAGCCGAUCACAGAGAAGACUGCGACCCACCCAGCCAAUGAGGAGGAGGAAGAGGAGGAGGAUGAAGAGGAGGAGGAGCUGAAGAGAUUCAAAGAAAGAGUGAAAAACAGGAGAGCGAAGAAAUCUGAGCUAUGUGACGAGUCAGGAGCUGCAGCCAAUCAGCACUCAGGAAUAUCAGAGCCAUCGGGACCAGCUCAGACCCCGACACACACACACACCUGAUACACACACACACACACACCUCACACCUGACACACACACACACACACACACACCUGACACACACACACACAAACACACACACAGGAGGAGAAAAGAAGAAAGUUUCAGAUUUGAAGUCUGUGUUCUGUUCGUGGUGCGUUCAGGAACCAGUUGAAUAUUUUAGUUGAGAUAAAUUUGCACUGAACUGUUUUGUUACU